AUGAUUAAAAGAUAGGUAUUUAUUUAUUUAUUUUGGUAGGUAGGUAGGUAGGUAGGUAGGUGCUUUUAGUUAAGUUAUUAGCUUUUAAUAUCGUGGUUAUAAAUUUUAACAUUGUUUUAAUUGGAUAAGUGGAUAUUUAUUUUUUAAAAGUAAAUAGGAGGGAGAGGUAGUGAUUAUGAAAAUAUUUGGUUUUGUUGUUAUUUAUUUAUUUAAUUAGUUAGUUAGUAUAUUUUUCAAAUCAGUUAGUAUAUCAAUUAUAUAUGUGUAUGUUUUUUAUCUUUUUUAUUAUGGUAGUUCAAGAUAGUUAGUUUUUUUAUGGAUGGAUGGAAGAAAGGAAGGAAGGAAUUUCUGUGA